CUCACCGCAUCACCGUAUAAUUCUGGUUCAAAAUCCCAACGCCAAUCUGAUCUCAUCGACCAACAAACACUCCUUCACUCCCCACGAAAGAGCGAGAAAGAGAGGGGUAGUUAGAGCGAGUGCUGGGAAGAAGCAUGACGAAUGGCUUCGUCGAGCUCUUGAGCAGGCGAUCGAUCCGGAUCUGGCUGUGGGAUCGGACGAACGGGGACUGCGUAUUAAUGAGACGGCGGGGAAGGGGAGAGGAGGGUUAGGGUAGGGUAUAUCCGGAGAGUACGAGGGAGUGGAUCGCUUGUAUGGAUAACGAAGAGGCAAUCAAGAAGCUCCAUUAGACGGAGCGAGGGAGAGAUUCGAGCGGCAUUGUCUGCCGGCAGCGAUGAGGACGGAUUGUCUGGUUCCGGCCCCAAAGGAAUACCAGAAACCAAUGCCCUGGCCCCAAAACAGAGAUGAAGUUGAUGGUUCCAGAUAUUGCAUUUGGUAAUCACACGAGUUGCCCCAGAUGUUGGUUGUGGCGUAGCAAGCUUCGGUGCCGUUCUACUCUCGUGCAAUGUUUUACAACACACUGGUUGCCAUAUCCAAGCCAGGCAUUUGACCUAAUUCAUCGUUCAAGAUGUAGAACCAACUCCACUCGCGACGGUGCAACAUUUAGGGCAUCCCAUGCUCAUGUUCGUGAUUCAAGAUCCGCAUGGAAGAUAUUUUAGGUAUUGCACAGACCAUGGGAUACUGUUCAAGGUCCAUUACUGUGUGCCUUCCCCUAAGAGUUGUGCAGCUUGUUACAUAUCUAUUCUCUUAAAUUCUUUUUGCUUCUUCCUGCAACGUUUUUAUGGGCAACCGAGCUGAAAUGGGUGCAGGCUCUUUCUGAUCUCUCUGUCAGCCAAGCUCCCAAGUGGUGGUUUUGUCGUAGCAGCUAUACCUGUUCUUAUCCAAGUCAACCCAUGGAUAGAACUGCUGCAUCAUCCAGUUCAGUCAUUACAUCACUUCUGCAGUAUGUUUGAAGCUUCCCGAGCGAAAUCAACCAUGGCCGCUGUGCCAGCUCAGUCUGAUACAGAGACAGGAGCUCAAGCUAAAGGUUUCAUCCACCAUGUCCGACCACUUGUCUUAAUAAUAAUCUCCACUCUUUGUUUCACAUCAUGUAAGGUACCUGCAUUUAAGGCGGGUCAGAGGAACACGCGUCUCAGUUAGUCCAAGUAGAUCCGGAAGAUAGAUCAGGUCAAUGCAGACGCUGUUGCUGUGUUGCAAGAUUAGCAACAAGAUGCAGAGGAACUCGCGUGUCUUAGUUAGUCCAAGAAGUUCCGGAAGAGAGAUUAGGUCAAUGCAUCAGUACAAUGCUAAGAUGAAGAACAUGCGGUAUAUGCUGCAGUCAUCCACAAGCACACAUCGUCUCCACAAGAGCAAACUGGUACACGAGCUUUACUCGUUCUCAGUCCAACUUGAUCAUAAGAAAGUGUGAUUCUGCUAUCCAACACCAAUGAUCCUUCAAAAUCCUAUCUUUAUAUAUAGCUACGUAUCUCUGGUCCUUUCGCCGUCGUCUUGCAGCAGUGUGUCGCAUUCCCUUUGAUUAAAGCGCGGGACCUAUGACACCACCUACUCUCCCCACCAUAAACAACUCAUUACCUUGAUACUAUAUUUCAACUCUCAGAACUCAGUGUUCUCAGAUGAGAUCAGCACAGUCGAGGAAGAAGAAUCUCCACCAACUGGGACAGCCAACUGCGAGCAGUAACAACAAGAAGUGCAACUCAUAUCACAUUCUUCCAUAUACAUAUCUUACAGCCACUGGCAAUCUUUGUCGUUUCAAGGAAAUCAGUAAAUGAGAUGAUACAUACUUGUUUGAUCCAAUUGAAUCGGUAGAGGAUGAAGGGGUUUAAGAUCAUCCACACUAUGCCUUGACUAGCAAUCAUGAUGAUCUGAUCAAGGUUGGUUGAUAAUAUCUGGAUUCGCAGUACCUGUGUGAUUUGAAUAAUCUGAAUGAUUGAGUGUUAAUGGCAUGCGUGAGACAAAUAGGACGCUUCAAAAAGGACAGUCAUGCUUUACAUUGUUUCCAUCUACAUUUCAAAACACCACUACUAAUACCUCGGUAUUAAG